AUGACAUCUAUAUAUACCCCUACUGCAGAUGAAGUCAAGCAAAGGUUGAGACCUUUCGGUUUAUUUUUUGAGAAGUCGUUAAAGGAUUUAAUAAAGGGCAUAAGAUCACAUAGUAAAACACCAGAGCAAUUGUGUGACUUUCUUACGAAUGUUUUGAGUGAAUGCAGAGAAGAAGUUAAGAAUUCUGAUUUUAAUUUGAAGACCAAUGCUAUUUUAAAGCUUAUAUAUUUGGAGAUGUAUGGUUUUGACAUGUCGUGGGCGAAUUUUCAUGUGUUAGAGGUUAUGAGCAGUAAUAAAUUUCAGCAUAAACGGGUUGGAUAUUUAGCAGCUUCACAGAGUUUUCAUAAAGAUAGUGAUAUUCUUAUGUUGGCAACAAAUUUGCUGAAGAAGGAUUUGAAAUAUAAUGUGAACAAUGAUACUGUGAGAAUUGGAAUUGCUUUGAGUGGGUUAUCUACAAUUGUUACCCCUGAGCUAGCUCAUGAUAUUUGCGAGGACCUGUUCCUAAUGUUAAGCAGCUCUAAGCCAUAUAUAAGAAAGAAGGCUGUAACAGCUUUGUUCAAAGUUUUUCUUCAAUAUCCUGAAGCAUUGAGAGAUAACUUUGAUAACUUUAUUAGCAGGCUUGAAGAUGAUGAUUUAUCCGUUGUUUCUGCUACGGUGAGUGUCAUUUGUGAAUUAUCGAAGCAUAAUCCUCAUCCCUUUGUGCAGCUUUCCCCUAUUCUUUAUCAAAUGCUAAUCAAAGUUGACAACAAUUGGGUUAUUAUUCGAUUAUUGAAACUAUUCACUAAUCUUUCUCAAGUAGAGCCAAAGUUAAGAGUCAAGAUCCUUCCAAACGUUCUAGAAUUAAUGGAUAGUACGUCUGCAAUCUCGGUUGUAUAUGAAUCGAUUAACUGCAUUGUUAAGGGAAACAUGUUAGAGUCUGAUGAUUACGACACCGCUGUGGCUUGUUUGGAUAAACUACAUGAUUUUUGUACCUCAAAUGAUCCAAACUUAAGAUAUAUCAGUUGUGCACUUUUCUAUAAGAUCGGUAAAAUCAAUACGGAUUUUAUUUCCAACUUUGAUUCUCUUAUCAUAAAACUGUUGCAAGAUGUUGAUGUGUCUAUUAGAAGUAAGACUUUAGAGUUAUUAGAGGGCAUCAUUGAUGAUGAUAAUAUAAUUGAUGUCGUUCAGAUAUUGCUUAAACAGCUUGUCGAUGUAGAUAAAAUAAAAAUCUACGAGCAAGAAUUCAACAUUGAGAUACCAGAUACUUACAAAUCUAAGAUGAUUCACACUAUAUGUAAGAUAACUGCCAUGAACAAUUACGCAAAUAUUGGAGAUUUUAAAUGGUACUGUAUCCUGCUGUUUGAUCUGUGUGUAGUGUCUCAAGAUAUUCAUGAUAAGACUCUUGAUCCAAAGUUGGGUGAACAAAUAAGAAACCUAAUGAUUAAAGUUCCAGAUAUGAGGAUCCAGACAAUGGAUCAAAUUGUAAAGCUAAUGGGAAAAUGUGACCUCAUUAAACAGUUACCAGGGGUUUUGAAAGAAAGCUUAUGGUCAAUUGGCGAAUAUUCUUCCUUGUUAGACGACUCAAAGGAUUUCAUGCAUCUACUAAUUCAAAAUACAAAAUAUUAUAACUCUGCAGUGCAACAAAUUGCUUUACCUGCAAUAUUAAAGAUUUACAGCAACUGGUGCAACCAGAGUGGUGGCUUUGAUUUAGAGGAGGUAAAGACAAUGACCCAGGAAUUGAUAGUCUUUAUGGAAUUUUUUAUAACUUCCAAAGAAUUUGAAGUUCAAGAACGCGCAUCUGAGGAAUUUGAAUUCUUAAGAUUAUGCUUGGAUUCAUUAAACGAAGAGAACUGCGAUUCCCUUCCAUUGCUGAUCUCUGAGGUUCUUCCUAGCUUUUUCAAGUUAUUUGAAUUACAACCAAUUAUUGGAGGAACUCAAAGAAAGCUACAGAGCAAUGUGGAUAUGGAUUGGAACAAACCUUUUUUAACCGAACAGGAACUAGAAGAGAUGAUGGUAGUUGAGGAUACAUAUGAAGAUACACCAUCUGAAGAUAAUUCAGAAAAUGAAAAUGAAGAAUUUCAGUCAGGAAUUGAUGCUAAUUACGAUAUUGCAUACAAAUAUGAAUCAAAUAUGACCACAGAGGAACAAGAAGCUAUACAAGAACGUAGAAGACAAGAAAGAGUAGAAAAUCCAUUUUACUUGCAGGAUGAAGAAGACCCUGUUAAACAACAGCAAAGUUUAUUAGAAUUGAGCGAUAGGAAUGCUUCUGAAAGCAAGACUAGUAUAGUCAAAUUAUCCACAAAUAGCAAAUUAAAGGGUAAGAGGAGGAAAUUCAAAGUUAGAGUAAUCUCUGAUGCUAUUAUUGUAGGUGGUUCCCAAGAUCAGGAAGAAAGCUCCGAGCAUUCAGAAAGACAGAGUUUGUCUUCAUCUACCCACAAUGUUAUUACAUUACAGACUAAGAAUAAGCUAGGAUCUUUCGAUUUCAGCAGGCUUGAGGAUUACAAGAAAGAGAGCGAAGCCAAAGGCGACAUACAGAAGCUAAGGGAUAAGUUUGCUCGUUUGGAAUUAGAAGGCCAACGUGCUGAGGAACCCGUGGAGGAAGUCAUAGUCAUUAAAAAGAAGAAGAAGAAAAGCUCUAAGAAAUCUAAAGAUCCAUCUAAAAUCAAAAAGAAAAAAGAUUCGACGAACUUUGAUCUCAAUUAA